AUUGUCAUUUUAAUGAUGUUUUAUUUUAUAUUUUUACUAUUAUUGAACAUUGUCUGUAACUAUGAAGUAAAUGCUUUGGAGAAUGAACAUAUUGAACCGGUGUUUGAAAAAUUGAUUGAAUAUGUGAAUCAAAAUCCAGGCUUUGGAUGGAAAGCAGGAAUUAAUAGUCGUUUCAGAAACUUAAAAGAUACUCAAAAAUUGUUUAGAAAUAACAUUAAAAUUAAAGAUUCAGGUGGAAAACAAAUUCAAACAAUUUCCCAUAGAAAUGUGGAUAUGGUUAUACCUCAUUCAUUUGAUGCAAGAGACCAUUGGGUAAACUGUCCAACUAUCAAACAUAUUCAUGAUGAAUGUUGCUGCAGAGCAGAUUGGGCAUUCGCAACGGUCGACUCAAUUAGUGAUAGAAUUUGUAUUUAUUCAAAUGGUAGAGUUUCUGUACAACUAAGUGCUCGUGAUGUUAUAAGCUGUGGUUUUAGCCCAGGGUGUUCUCAUGGAAAUGAAAUAGAAGUUUUAAUGUACUGGAUUGUAAAUGGUAUUGUUACCGGUGGGUCAUAUGAAGAUCAAAGUGGCUGCCAACCUUAUCCUUUUUCAAAAUAUCCUGAGUGCAAAGACGUGAAUUAUGAGUUCCCACUGUGUACGAGCGAAUGUCAAGAUGGUUAUAAUAAGACAUACGAAGACGAUAAGUUUUAUGGUGAAAAUAUUUACAAUGUUUAUGAUAAUCAAGAGGAUAUUCAAAAAGAAAUUUUGAUGAAUGGUCCAGUGAUAGCAAGUAUUUUUGUGAAAACAGAUUUUUUGAUCUAUAAAUCAGGAGUUUAUUUACCAACACCUAGAUCAAGUAAUUUAGGUUGGAUAAAUUUACGAAUAAUUGGUUGGGGUUAUGAAAGAAAAACACCUUAUUGGUUAUGUGCAAAUUCAUGGGGUAAAGAAUGGGGUGAUAAUGGAUAUGUAAAAGUUCAACGUGGAGUACAAGCAGGUUAUAUUGAAUCAUAUGUGAACAAACUGAUAGAAAAUUAGGAUUGGAUACAUUUGUAUUAGUUAGAGCAGUAUAUAAUCGAUUUAUUGAAUUGUUCCGUUCAUAUAUUGAAAGACAUAAUUCAUCGACUAAAUCACAAUAAUUGUAAAACAAAUGAACAAUAACCAAUGUCAAAUUUAAAAAAAUCUCUAAAUAGUUAACGAUGACAGUACGGACUAUCGCUAACACAAUAACUCAUCAGUAAUAAGAAAACGAAUAAAUCUAAAUUCAAAGUCAGCAGUAUAAUUGUUAAGUUGAUUUGUUUUUCCCUUAUUCGAUUCUUUUCCCGUAUAUUUAUAUACUACUUACUAAUAUUCAGUAACUAGUUUCAACAUUUUAUGUGUAGCAGUUCUCACGUUUUCAGUUGUUAACAGUUUUUGUUUUAAUUAUUGACAAUCACUAUAAAUGCGCUAAACACCUCACAAGUAGAGAUUCGUAACCAUUUUGUGUAAUUGUAAUAUCGCCUUUUAUAUAAAAUUUACUUUUGAUCCGGAUUUUCCUCUCUUAACUUCAUCUUGUGGUCAGACGCUCUGAUAAGAUUUUAAAAUAUUGUUAUGGAAUUACAACAUAUUGGGACAAAUAAUAAUGAAGCAUUUAAACUGUACAAUUGGACUAGUCAUUUGCCACGAACAGAUAGAAAAGUGACAUAUAUCCGAGGUUCUAAGUCUGCAAAACAUUUAAUGACCAUCAGAAAGUAAUGGAUACCGAUAGAUCGUACCGUAUGUAAUUUCUAAUGAUGUUCAUUUUGUCUGAAAUUUACUUUUGUAUGAGAAAGUGCC